GUGCCCACCCACUCAUUCAUCUAGCCAGCCAAGAGAGUGCCAUGCCGUUGCCACGCGAGGCGUCGCCGAGAAAAGCCAAUUACAGAGUCCGGUUCCGACACGGCGUGUUCCCAGAUGCAGAAGGACAAGCCACACGAGCCGACAUCAAAAAGUACGACUAUUUCUUCUCCGCAGGCCAGAAAUGGGUCGAUACAGAGGGAAAGUUGGACUUUGUCGAUGAGUCAAGACUGGUAGCCGAAGAAUCCGAAAGUGCUGGACACGUAAGCGACAAGAAGGCAACGAGGCAUUCGAAUGCGAAUCCUGCACAGCCAAUCGGGCGAAUCGUGGAAUCGGAGAUAAUAGGGAGAAAUUCGCAGGGGAACCAGAACCCUAGCCAUACUCAGUGGCAACCUCCUUGGCACAUCCGGCAUCAUACGCAAUCCGGCCCAGGCUCGGUUUCCAGCUACUCGAGUCUCGAUGAGCCUUUCCCGGCAGACUCGCAGUCGGACGGUCCCUGGUCGCAUCCUUGCCCCUCACCGAUUCCCAUUCCCCCCAUAGCGUGGCCUCUCUCUGAUCCAAUUGAGGCGCAUCUGUUUCGUUUCUGGAUCGAAAGAGCCGCGGAAAAUCUUGAUAUUACAAGUCCUGAAGGCGUGUUUAGGGACUUGGUUCCACGGCUUGCUUCGGAGAACUCGAUGCUUAUGAACGCCAUUUUCAUGACGUCUGCACAGAACGUGGUGCGCUAUGACCCGUACUUCCCUACUGGGCCGUACGCGUACCAUGAUAGGCUUUUGCAGGAUCUUAUCCCGUAUUUGGCGGAGAAAGGAAGGAUCGAGGAUGAGGCGACGUUAUUGGCUGCGAUGCUGCUGAGAGCUUUUGAACAGUUCGAUGCAGGUACGCGAGGCCAGUCCCACCUCUCUACCUACGAGCUGUUCCGUGGCCCCAAGGGCUGGCUGUUCGACAUGUCUCGCCCGCUGGUGCAAGCAUGCGUCAUGAUCGAGGUGCAUACCGAGGUCUGCGAAGCGCUUCUGAACCGCCCGAGUUUGCGCAUCGACUAUGCAAACUACAUUCUCCCAGGGCUCGACGAACCGGCAGACGAGGUUUCGUGGGGCAACCGCAUCUUGUGGCUCAGCGCACGUGUUCUGCAAUGGAUGGAGACGGGCGUUCGGGCAGCGGCCGAGCGGCAGUACUUGAGCAAUCUCAUUGAUGACUGGGAACGAAAGCGUCCCGCCACGUUCGAUACCUUCUUCUAUAGAGAUUCGUAUCCCACUUUUUUCCCCGAGCUGUGGUUCUCCAGUCCUUUGCAUGCGGACGCGAACCAACACUUGCGGAUAUGUCGAAUUGCACUCGCAGUCAGUCGUCUUGAUAGCACGACCUCGGGCGCCCAUGGAGAUGUCAUCGCGGUGUCGGUACACGACGAGGUGCUCCGAGGACUGAAGGAAAUCGUGGGCAUUGCUAGGUGCAACACGCACUGCAUCCCAGCUCCACCGAAGGCAGCCUAUGCUGUGCAUAGAUUUGCAGGCCUGUUGAGUGAUGAGACGGCGCGUUUCAAGAUGAUGGAGUUUCUAGAGGAGACCAAUGCCAUGGGCAUUUCAACCGUAACGUCGAUAGAGCAUCUCGUCGAGCAGUGGAACUGGACAAGGAACCCUUACCAAUGGACAACGAAUCAAUUAUCGUAGUCUGCAAGCUGUAUCGUUUGCGUCAUCUUUGCAGUCCAACCACAUCUUGCAGAGGUAAUCCGCUACCCUAUUGCUGCUGCUGGCGAAUAGCUCCCUUUCAAAAGUCGGCAUCUCGUCCAGCGCUACGGCUUUGCAGCUCCAGGUUGGUACUGCGAACUACGGUUGCGUUUUUCUGUAUACAUUAGCGUCCGUACAUGCUACGAAGGUGUUCGUUUUGGUAAAGAAUACCAUAGCCUUGGUGCCACCAGAACGCCCUCCCAAAAACUGAACUACUUUCGCAACACUAUUCUUACUAGCUAGUGUUGAAACAGUAGAUAGAUCUA